UCCCCCCAGAUCUCCUUAUCCUUUCCUUCUGCGCCGCCCAAUCCCUCUGCUUUUGAGGCCUCCGACCACCAUCCCUCCAUGGCUCCCCGCCUUCCAAGGUCACACGAGCGCCUCAACCUGCACUCUAUGAUGUGGAUCUGUACCCGCCGGCCACCACCAUCCAUGGCUCCUCCGCUACUGGGACACGGCGUCGUCCCAUCUCCGUUCUGGAUAUCACCAUGCGACACCAACGCUUGUCCUCCUCCUCCACCAUGGCCCUGCUCAGACCACGCCGCCAUCGAUGCCACCGUUGAGAAUCUACCCCAACUCGAGCAGUUCACCGGCGUCAUGGAGGAAGCGCUAAGCAGCUGCAUUGCAAAUAUGAGGAACAUCAUCCGUGCAAGAAGUUCAGAUUCACUCGACGGCAAGAAAUAGUGUCAUAUUUUUCUUCCAAAUAGUAUGUACCAUUCCCCACAUUGAUACUUAUGAUCACCCAUUUGAUAUCUCCUUUUCCUAGUUACAGUUCAUCCAGGUCAGGAGUAGGAUUUAAGGUUCAUGAUCCAACUAUAAGAGACGUGUAAAAUCCUUUGCCCUUGACAUGGUAUGGUACAUUCUGCUAUUUCCCUACCUGUCUCCAAAUUCAUGUAUUGAUUAAUUUUGAUUCAAGUUUUCUAUCUUGCAAGAUCAUGCUAUCUUCAAUAUGCUC